AUGAAACUCUUCUACUCCCGGUUCCUCGAAUCCUGCUGUUCCAACAAAGAUGCUGCCUUUUCGCCGGUCAAACUCAAAUCCGGCGACAUCGACUUCCACUCCCUCCGCCACCAAUACAACCUUCCCUUCGCCGGCUUUAACCACGCCGUUAACGCCGCUUCCGACGAUCUCUUUCCAGUCCGCUGGUCCAAGGACGACAUGCGGCACUCAGAUUCCUACUUAAGAAGUGCCGGCGCCUCCCCUCGCUCCAAAAUCGACUCUGCCGACAGCGAAAUGCCGUGGAGUAGUAGUUACUCCAUGUUGGAGUCAAUGGAGAGCUUGGCGGUUGUUAAAAGGUCGGAGAAUCCGAGGGCAGAUUUCCGGCGAUCGAUGGGGGAGAUGGUGAUGCAGAAGGGGAUUUAUAAGGUUGCCGAGUUGGAACAACUUCUUCAUUGCUUUCUCUCUCUAAAUUCUCAUCAUCAUCAUCUUACCAUUGUCAAAGCGUUUGCUGAUAUGUGGGAGGAGCUCUUUCCGGUCACUCCCGACGGCCGCCGCAACACUGGCCCGACCGGCUGCCAAGACCCGUAA